AAAAUAUGUCACAGUCCAGGUCUGAUCUUGUGAAGUCAAACCGUGCGGAGGGUGGAGAUCAAUGACGUCACUGCAAUAUCCCACUACAUGAAACCCUCCUGCCCCCUCACAGCAGCUUUAUAAAGUAUGAAGUAACAUCAAAUUGUUCACAUUUCUGGGGCCGACAACUAGCAGAGCUGCUUGCAGUCUUCUGGGAGAACACAAGGCUACAGGCUGCAGAAGAAGAAAUCUCCAACCAUGCAGAAGAUUGAAAACCAUCUUCUUGGCCACCGAGCAAUGGCAAUCUUAUUAAUCUUCCUCCUUGGUGAGGUUGUAUCAUCUACUAAAGAGAUCCUUCAUCAUCGAGAGAAGAGAGGAACAAGGACAUAUAAAUCUUUGUGUAUGGAAAGACCCUCAGGAAAAAUCUACACAGGUGGAGACACCUGGCUGCGGCGUGCUGGACGGCGGGUGGAGUUCUGUCGCUGUGAGGAGGGGCGGAGCAGGUGCCACAGUGUGCCAUUCAUGGAAUGUUCGGAGACCAAGUGUUACAAUGGAGGACGCUGUCUACAGGCUCUUUACUCCCCGAAUUACCUGUGUAAUUGUCUCAGUGGAUUUACUGGAGAGCACUGUGAAAUAGAUACUUUGGCCUCCUGUUACGAGGGCUCAGGACAGUUCUUCCGAGGAAACUACAGUCGGACUAACAGCGGACUGGUCUGUUUGAACUGGAAGUCUGAGGCACUUAGUCAGAAGCCGUACAAUGGUCAGCACAAGGACGCACAAGAACUCGGCCUGGGAAACCACAACUAUUGCAGGAAUCCGGAUGGCGAUAAAAUUCCCUGGUGUUAUAUAUUUAAGAAUGGGAAGUACAACUGGGAUUACUGCAGUGUGCCAGCCUGCCGAGCAAACACGACAGACUGCUACUCCGAGCGAGGGACCACAUACCAAGGAUCACGGACUACCACGCUAUCUGGUGCCAGCUGCUUGCGUUGGGACUCCCCCUUGCUGAAAAGAAAGCAGUUCAGUGCCUGGACAGGCAGCGCCCGCCGAUUAGGACUGGGGAGCCACAAUUACUGCAGGAAUCCGGACAAUGACGUCCGUCCUUGGUGUCAUGUGAUGAACGGCACUGAAGUGUCAUGGCAGUUCUGCGACGUCCCCCGAUGCUCUACAUGUGGAAUCCGACGACCUCAGCUAAAGCCUCGAUUCCGAAUCGCUGGGGGUAAAUCUGCACAUAUAACCUCUCACCCGUGGACAGCGGCCAUCUUUCGCGUGUCCAGGGGCACAGAGUAUUUUCGUUGUGGAGGGACACUCAUAAGCCCCUGCUGGGUGGUGACGGCCGCCCAUUGCUUCCAUGAAGAGUCCUCUCCGGAUCUAUUACGAGUAAAACUGGGGCGGACAAUGCAGAUAGUACCCGGGCAGGAGGAACAAAGCUUCAGAGUGGAAAGCUUACUCAUACACCCUCAGUUCGAUGAUUUCACCUUUGACAAUGACAUUGCUCUUCUAAAGCUCAAGUCUUCCUCUGGGUCGUGUGCUAUGGAGACGGACAGCGCUCGGCCGGCAUGUAUGCCUGUCAAUGACCAGACUCUGCCGGACUGGACAGAAUGCGAAAUCUCAGGAUUUGGGAAACAUGCACAUGACUCUCCAUUCCUGUCCAAGCAGCUGAAAGAAGGUCAUGUCAGGCUGUAUCCUGACAACCUGUGCUCCCCUGAACGACUAUCUGAGCGGACGGUCACUGACAACAUGUUGUGCGCCGGCGACCCAGUUAACCAGGAUGAUGCUUGCCAGGGCGAUUCCGGGGGGCCACUCGUGUGUGCUGUUGAUGGCCGCAUGCACCUUUUUGGUGUCAUCAGCUGGGGAGAUAAGUGCGGGGUAAAGGACAGGCCUGGCGUUUAUACCCGAGUGACCCGCUAUAUAGACUGGAUACGGCAAAAGACAGGCAUUCAGUUGAACUGAGACCUGAUGGACACUACCACCCAAACCACUAAAGACAAUGCUGGACAUGUCAGAGACCAAAGACCAGCCGUGGCUAACAGGGGCCACACGUGAGCUGCGUGAUGGGUGUAAUGGAUAUUUAUGAUAUUUUAUAUUUAAUCGUACAAAGACCAAGCACAAGCUUCAGAGCAGGUCUGGAGACUUGGAUGAGAAGUAUUCCGAAGGUCCGUCCCUGUCCGAGGGUUCAUUCAGCUGGAAUUUCAAAGGUGACACUACGUCUUGUAAGAUCCGAAUGGAUCUACAGAUACUUCUGAAUGUGUUACGAUGACCCAAUCGUAGUUUAUUUUCCAUGCUGACGGACAAAAUUCAGCCAACAUAUUCAUAAAGCAAGCGGUGGAAGGAUGUUACCUGGACGUGAGCUCCAUACUUGGUGCAAGACAAUAGAAGCCUGAAGAAUACUCUGAGGAAGCAAUGACAGUUCUCUGAUAUCCACUCUUCUGUAUGGGAAAGAUUUUGGGGGGGGAUUUAUCAAAACUGGUGUAAAGGAACUGUAAUUGGCUUAGUUACCCAUGUUUUUUUUUUGUGGUCGCUCAUGCACAUGCUUCAGUCCACGCCUAGGCGACUGAUGGGGAUAGCCGAGUCAGUCCCAUAGACUUGAAUGGAGUAGUAGUGCACAUGUGUGACCACCUCUCCGUUCAAGAGUACAAGAGACCCUCAGUCUCGGGAUCCCGUGGAUAGGUGCUAAAUCUUUUUCGUGGGCAAGCGCCUUUAAAAUGAACUAAAAACUGAACUUUGCGGUACAAGCAUAGGAAAUGUUCUAUCUUUCUGCGAAGCGGAAAUCCAGACAUACAGAUGCGGAAAACGCACAGAUCAUCACAGAACAUGUCUGAAAAAUGCAAAACACAGAUUCAUUAAAGUCAAUGGGUCCCCCAAAAAACUCAAAAUGGACAUGGUCAUGUGCAUGAGGCCUGACAGGCAAAGGACUUGUCCAGGAUGGGAGCUUUAUUGCCGAAUUAGCUCUACAGCCGUCCAUUGGUUUUGUCUGGUAUUUCAGCUCAGCUCCACCAAUGUAAAUGGGACUGAGCUGCAAUACCACAAACAAUCUGUGGACAACCCCUGUCCUGGAAACCCCUUUAAAGAGGACCUUUAAUGGUUUUGAAUCACAGCAGAGAGCAUCACAGCCAGGAAGAAAAAAAAAAAAGCUCACUUUCUCCCUGGCUGUGACGCUCUCUGCUGUCAUUGGAUCGCGGCACAGCCAGGGAGAAGGAGAAACCCUGGCGUCUCCUCCUCCCUGUACCGAUGCUCAGUAUUGGCAUACUGAGCGAGAAAAGUGCAGGGGGGGCAGGGGGGCGUAUGAGCGGUAUUUUAAAAAAAUCAGGCAGGGUGGCAGCAUCAGCGGGGGUACCCUGCAAAAAAAGGUAUUUAUCUCAAUUAAUUCAAAACCAUAAAAGGUCCUCUUUAAUGUUCCCUGCUGGCCUGAUAUGACGCGGACACCAUCAGGUAGAGGUAUUAGGUUGGAUAUAUAUGUGUUAGGCUACUUUCACACUCGCGUUUGGUGCGGAUCCGUCAUGGAUCUGCACAAACUCAUCCGUUCAGAUAAUACAACCGUCUGCAUCCAUUCAGAACGGAUCCGUUUGUAAUUAUCUGUAA